GCCUCAUCUCCGACGCCUUCUUCCCGUCGAACGGUUCGCCGGUCAUGGCAUGGUACAGACCGUCGCGCAGGCUCAUCAUGUCGGUGACCACCCUGCUCACGAGACCGCCGGGCAGGAUGCCCCAGUUGACUUCGGACAGCCCGAAGAGCGCGUCCUCGGAGGCAAUGGCGAAGUCACAGGCCACCAGCGGAGUGAAGGCGCCGCCGAAGCAAAAGCCGUUCACCAUGGCGAUGGUGGGCUUGGGGAAGGUGAAGAGCUUCCGCCAGCGCCACUCCUGGCUGCACCAGCUCGCCUGCCUGCGAAGCGCCUGAUUCUUGUCGCCCUCGCGGAAAUACUCCUUGAGAUCCUGACCGGCGCACCAGCUACUACCGGCGCCGGUAAUGAUCAUGACCUGGGUUUCCGGGUCCCCCUCGCAUUCCGUCACCGCGUCAUACAUGUCGAAGUGGAGUUGCGGACUCAUGGCGUCCGCUUUUCCGGACGGUUGAGGAUGACCCAGGUGAUGCCGUCCUCUUUCUCCACCAAUACUGUCUUG